AUGAAGUCUGCCUUUGUUUUACUAACGUUCUUGGCUGUCUCACAGGGAAUUAUCAGGAUUCCCCUGACGAGAGGGAAGUCAGCCAGGCAGCAGCUGGAGGAAAGAGGCCUGUUGGAAGAGUACCGGAGGAAGAUUCCAUACAGCCCAGCAGCAAAGUUUCUCCCGAGGAACGAGCAGAGUAUGGUGCCCAUGACCUUCGACCCAGAUACAACAUACUAUGGAGAGAUUGGUAUCGGGACUCCACCUCAGAUCUUUAAGGUUCUCUUUGACACCGGUUCCUCCGACCUGUGGGUUCCCUCUGUGAGCUGCACCAGCUCUGCUUGUGACAAACAUUCAAAGUUCAACAGCUCGGCAUCCUCCACUUUUGAGGCAGGCACAAAGACUUUCACAAUCUUGUAUUACAAUGGAUAUUCAUCAGGGAUUACUGGAUAUGAACUCAUAGAGAUUGGCAACCUCUUCGUGCACAACCAGAUCAUUGGCCUCGCUGAAACCGAGUCAAUUUUCCUGGACUCUGUGCCCUGGGAUGGGAUUCUUGGUCUGGCCUUCCCUGGUUUGUCCCAUGAGGGAGGCACACCUUUAUUUAACACCAUAUGGAAUCAGAACAAUAUCCCCCAGAACAUGUUCUCCAUGUACCUGAGCAGUUCUGUAGAGGGCAGCAUGUUGAUUCUGGGAGGAAUGGAUUCCUCAUAUUUCACUGGAACCAUGAAGUGGAUCCCCGUGUAUAUGGCCACUAACUUUUGGAACAUCCAAAUACAAAGCAUCACCAUCAACGGGAACACUGUUGCAUGCUCUGGGAGUUGUGCAGCAGUAGUGGACUCUGGUACUUCUUUUAUCAUCGGCCCUGACAAAGAUAUUACCAACAUCAACGGUUGGUUGGGAGCCUCCUUAGAUCAGAAUGGUGAUGCUACAGUGAGCUGUGGUGUCACACAUUUCCUGCCAGACGUUGUGUUCAACAUCAACGGCUACAGCUUUGCUCUUCCUCCAUCUGCCUACGUCCUAAAGUCUGCAUCUGGGUGCAGAACAGGCUUUGCAUCUGGCACCUGGAUCCUGGGUGAGGUCUUCAUGCGGCAGUUUUACACAACUUUCGACGUCGGCAACAACAGGGUGGGCUUUGCUCAGGCUGUGUGAUUACAAGUGAAGAUCGAGCCAGUUUAACGCAAUUUACUUUAUUUUCAUAACCAUGAUUCACUGCAAA